UCACCAACGAAGCCACCCACUCCCAGCCCCGCCGCCACCCGCCCUCGAGAACCCUCUGGAGAGCCUAGGGUUUGCGCUUUCGCCCAUGGAUGACCUCGAGGCUGCGCCGGCGCCACCCCAGGCGUCCCCCGCACCGCCGCGCCAUCCGGCAUGGGGAGGACCGCGUCGGCAACGGCUCUGGGCGGGCUCCUCGCGCUUGCCGCCGGGGCCUUCAUCUUCUGCUUCCUCAUCCAGCUGUGGGUGGCCAACGCCGCAAGCGCCGUCUAUGUCGCCCUGCGCUGGUCCUGCGGCCAGGACUCCCACGCCACGGUCGUCGCGCUGGGGUUCACCAUGGACUGCGCCUUCGCGUUGAGGGUGUCCUUCCCCGUCCUCAUCCUGUUGAUGCUCUGGUGCCUUGUGAACAUCCAGGCCAAGGCCCGAGAGAUUGGUGGGGAUGGAGGCGCCAAGGAGCCCGCGGCGCAGCCAUGUCGUCGUGAAAGCACUGAAGCGUGCGGCUUUCUGGCUAGACUCUAUGAUCCGAUUCCCAUGCCCAUCGUCGUCUCGUUGUUCAUGGUCCUAGCCCUGGGUCUUCUGAUGCAGGAGCUUGCGCCGGCUAUGGUGUCCUCCAUGUAGAUGGUUGGUUCCGCAUCUGUUGACAUCUUUGUCUUCAUCCACGCGGUUAUGUUCUUUUUUGCCAUUUUUCCGAGAAUCGUGAUGCGCCUGAGGGCUAGCUCCGCCAAGCUGAAUUGGUGAAACGGUUUGCGCUAGUAUCAGUCCCUUUUGUUCAAGGUGUGCAUUCGUUCCACUCUUUGAUUUACCAGCAGGUUGUUGAUGUUGAAACAUUUCUUACUUGUUUGUGUAUUCUACUUAUUGUUGCUUGUUGCAAUGUUGACCUUGUUCUGUGGAAAUUAGAGUUAAUUGGGACCUUGUGUGAUGUGACAUCGGUUCAGGUUUUGUUCCAUUGUUCUGCUGCGGAAAUGUAGUAGUGCAGAUCUUCAUUUAUUAUGAUACUCGACCAUACUUGAGCUUGACACAACUUAUAUGCACCAAUAUUUUGUAUUUAUGAAGUAUUCUGUACACUGUACUGGGAAAUUCUCUUGGAGAAAAUUCAUUUAGUUAGAGAUGUAUACAAGACAUGUUUUCAUGCUUCAGGUGGUAUGCUUAGGACUACACAAUGUGAAUGUAUCCUUUGCCUUUUGUCUUCGUGAUGGUGGCUUUUUGUGCACAUAUAUCUGAACUUAUGAUAGAUUUUUUCAGUUACCACGUCAAAAUUUAAGGAAGCUUUUCAAAAAUUGUAUCUAUUCUUUUGAGAUUCUUAGUUCUUAGAGGGAAACAAAUCUUUGAACUUUUGGCAAUGUCAUUUUUGUGAGAUUAAUUGUGUUGAAACUCCUCAAUUGUUAGUUAGAAGUUAUGCUCGUCUAGGAUGUCUUGAUUGAUCAUUGGUGCUCUAAUGAGACAUGCCCUUCCAAUGUGCUUUGUGCUUCUGGGCUUUGGAGAUCGUUUUCCCCUUUUCUUCCCUAUCUUUCACAUCUUCGUUUUCCCCUUUUCUUCCCUAUCUUUCACAUCUUUCUUUGUAUCAGUACAUCUACAAAUUAAAGCACUUGUUAGAUAUCCAGAAAGUAUUAUUAUACUCUGCAAGAAAAUUAUCCAGUUUCAGAAAAACUUUGCAAAAAAAUUAUGUGCCGAUGAACUCUGUUUCAUGUUUCUUUUAGCAAGGUGUAUGUCGUUAUGUCUUCUGUGGUGAAUUUCCAAUUGUACACUGUCUAAAGUCAUUUCCAAUUCUAUUGAUUUUGCAAGGAAAUCACAUGAAACAUACUACUUUAUCACUAUAUAGGUAAUUACUUAGUUAUAAAUUUACUUAUAAAAAUAUUGAUCGCUCAUAGUGAGCACUUACUCUGAUUUCCUGUUUCUGAUAACAAGUGCUUACUUGUAAGCAUAAGUGUGUGUUUUGAUUACUGACAAUGAUGGCUUCAUUUCUCCAAAUUCCAGAUUCCAGCAGUAGAUGAAUAAUUGCCAAUUUUGUGCUGAAGUCACAUAGGGAAGGGAGGCAGAUGGAGAAAAGGGAACCAUGUUGGUGAUUUUCUUUUUCUCAGUCUCCAACACCUUAGGAAAUGUUUAUGAAUCAUAUUCACUGCUUUUGACCAGUGAGAAGUCAUGGUUUUAAAAGUAGUCCAGUAGAUCUUGUUUCUAUUUGAACUUUAAUAUAUUGGCAAUCAUGGUUCAUUUAACAUAAGGUAUCCAUUGUAGUCGUUCGAGAAAAGGUAUGUAUUGUAGUGUACGAUCUUAAUUACCACAGGUUGGAUGUCUAAGAAUUGAAUGUUGUGCCUAAUUUCUCAUGGAACUGAUCGGUGUGUACCAUCAUCUUAUUCCAGAGAAACUGAUAGCAGCAACUGAGAUUUGUCUUAGCUCCUCUCUUUUUGCAGUUUUGCUGCUUUAGCUUUCUAUUUCUAUGACUGCAAUCUGCAAAUUUAUAUCCCUUUUACCAAAUAGUUUGAUAUAAUAAUUGAAAUAAUUGAAUGUUUUGCUGACGCUGGUAUCCUCACCCAUUUUGAUUGCUAAUUUUCUCAGUGUGCAUCUGACAUUGUUUGUUGCAAUUUCAGUUCUGGAACAUUCGAAAUUUCUGAUUGGAGUAAAGGAUGCUCAAUUUACCUCCUGCAAGUUACCAGAAGAUUUGUUUGACUUACAAGUGGCUGGAGUAACAAUAAUCGAUGCAGCUGCAGGUUAUGCUCAGCUGUCUGUCCAUGGAACCAUUGUCUAAACUUGUGUGCCACAUCCUGCUAGGACUAUGAUAUAUCUCUCUCUGUUUUGUGCAUCUUAUAUGAGCCACGCGAACAUGCUAGGCAAAUGGUACAUUGGGCUGUUUAGAUAUAUCACACGUGCAUUCCUGCUGCGAAUAAUGAGACAUUCUAUCAUUCAGACUUCA